AUGGGUAGUACAUGCAAAAAUAUUUGUAAAUAAUAAGUAGCAGAAAAAGAAUUUAAUAUUAACACUGCGGGAAAAGUAAAGUUAAAAAAGAAAUCAUAUUCAAAUGGAGAUUCUAAGACUGAUUUAUAUUGUUCACCAUAAUAAUUAAUGAAAGAAGAAUCAAUAGGAGAUGAGUCUAAAAAUAGUCAUAAAUUAAAAGAUUAGCCCUAAUUCAUUAAAACAAAGCAAAUUAAUAGUAUUGUCGUUCAAACAGAUAGAAAAAAUCGGUUUCUUAAUGAUUAAGAAUUGGAAGUAAAAUAUUUAAUAAAGCAAAAGUAUGUUAUAAAAUUUGUACAUAUAUAGCCUUUUAAAGGAAUAAGAAGAACUUAAAUAGUUAUAAUAAGAAUUCGAAAAUUAAAAAUAAUUACAAUAAAAAGAAAAAGAAAGGUAAGAAAAAGAGAUGGAGAAAACUUGUUAAGAGUUAGAAAAUUAAUUUUCUUUUUAAAAUUCUUUGAAAUAGAAUCAAAUUGAAUAAACUUAUGUUUAAUCAACAUCUAAUCCAUACCUACCAAGAUAAACAUCUUAAUUUGCACCAAAAAAAGUUGAUUAAGACACAGUUUCUUAAAAAUCUUAAAUUUCUAAAACACCAACAAUUCCUUUAAAAGAUUAAUAAAUAUCACCCAAAAGUGAUAUGAUGAGAAAAAGUGCUUUAAAAAAAAUUAAGUAAAGCAGGGAAGAAAUAGCAAGUAAUAAUGCAAGUAUUGGUUCACCUAAAAAUGGGAUAAAAUAGAAAUAAUAAUAAGAUUCAUUUGAGAAGAUAUUUAGUGAUUGUCUUUCAAUAGAUGAUAGAAGUUAAACUGGAAGUCACAAAACAGUAAAGAGUGUAAAAAGCAUUCUUAAGAAAAAUAGAUCUUCAUCUUUAAGGAGCAUAUCUAUGGGAAAGAAUUCAAUUAAAUCAAGUCAUACAGUUUUUAAAACAAAAUAAACAAAAAAGGUUCGUUUUUCUAAUGAUACUAAUUUUAAUAAUGAAAGAAAAGGAGUUCCUAAAUUAAAAAGAAAUUGGUGGGAAUGAUGAGAUUCGCCUGUUACUUAAG